UGACCACUCUUGGAGGCAUCAUACACCUACGAGCAACAGAUCCGGUCACAUCAUGGCUCAGUGGACAAUCGUCGCCUUGGCAUUAAUCGGCUGUGCCGUUGCCGAACCCCCAGUUGGAUACAGUUACUCCGCCCCAGGACUCAGCCACGGCAGUUCUGGAUCCCUCCUAAGUGGAGGUGGGCACUACAGCUCAGUCCCAGUUGGUCACCAGAGCUCAGAAGGCUACCACAUUGACCCCCAUCUAUUGGAGAAGAUCCGCCACGUCAUCCUCAAGGACGAGAUCCACAACCAGGCUUACCAAUCUUCCGCUUCCGGUCAUGGAAUCUCAUCUCACUACGGCGCUCCCGUUUACGGAGUACCCCAAGAUAGAAUUGUUGGUGUGGAAUUAGAAUCCCUUCAACAAGGUAUCCAAGUUGCUCAAUACCACCAGGCUGUUGAGGACCAUUCCGGUGGUUACUCCGGAGGAUACUCCAACGGAUACUCCGGCGGAUACUCCGGCGGGUACUCAGGCGGUUACUCCAGCGGUUAUUCCGGCGGCUACCCAAGCGGUUACUCCAGCGGUCAAGGUUACUCGACCAUCAACGCCCCCUCUGGGUCAUACGGCAUCCCUUCCCCAUCAUCAUCAUACGGCGUGCCCCACUGAACGAAUUAGUAAAUUGUGAUCGAAUUGUUUUAAGUUUCUGUAAAUAAAUUCUAUCUAUU